UUCAACAUGAGCAAUGAAGAAAGAAAAAGAAGAAGAAGACCGCUCCAAAAUCAAGUGAUGAUUUAUAAAUUAUCAUGUAACUUCAUCGGGAAAAUUAUCAUGCUGGAACCGUGUUUGGUGGCUGCUACGACCCUUGCAGAUGAGAGGCCCGAUGGUGACCAUGACUGGGCAAUGUUGCGAAGGGUGAUGCGGAUGCUGGAACCAACAAACGAGUUUGCUAGAACCGACUACUACCUGAGUUGCAACCAGGCUACGGAAUGUUGGAACCUUCGUCGAUGAAGUUGCCACCGUAGAUGCUUUCUGGAUGCUGGAACUGGCAAAGGAUUUUGCUGCAUCCACGUCGCGACCUUGGGCGUAGGAGCUGUCACCACUACCGGCGGUGUUGCGACAACGGAAUGGAGCUACAAUCAUCGUCGGCGAUUCUAUAGUGGCGGUGGGAGGGGGCAUUUCUCCUGUGCGUGCUGCAACGACUUCAUCGGCAUAUUUCAUAUCUGAAAUGGCCAACAUGACGCAACAGGAAAGGAGGAAGAGGGAAGAGUUGCGACGAUGAUGAGGGUGGCAAGGUGCGACCUGCGGCGAGGUCGGUGGCUGGUGAGGGUGGCUCAUGAGGGGCCACGACCCACACUGGGCACGUGCAUGAGAGGAGCGUUGUUAACGCAGUGCAGGAGACGUCUCGCGAUAGGAGGCAAGGGUGGAAAAGGGUGGAUCGCAACCGUUUGGAUGUGCUCGAUCUAACGACUGGUAUGCAUGUUUGAAUAGUACUUAUGUUACACGGGGAGUAAUGUAGAAUGAAGUGAAACAUGGAGGACAUGACAUCGUGGCAGAGUUAGCUGAGACAUGCCAGGGGCGAUGUUGAGGCCGGUGGCGGAAGAAAUGGCCAAAUGGGGUUCCUUAGCGCUAGCGAGGAGGCUGAUGGAUUUCGUGGAGCAAUGCAAUGCUGCAGCAACAAUUGGGUUCCAUUUUCUGAUGGAGAAGAACUGAUAAACAAUGUGUGUACGGUUGGUUUGUUCAUCCAUUUUAUCCUUUCCUUUGUUCAUUCAUUUAAUCCUUCCUUAUUCCACUCAACUCAGAUUCAUUUACUUUUGCACUUACCCAUGGUUUAAUGGAUCGAGAAAUUUAGCGACAUUACUUGCAACGAGGAAUAUCAUCUUUUUUUAGUAAAACAUGAUCAUGAUGAACCAGGAAGAUUUUUAAAGUGCCCGUGGCAACGCACGGACAUUAUAAAUUGAUUUUUGAAGCACAAAACCACAAUAACAGUUGGGAGGGCUGCUUUGUAUCCUACGACCCAUACCCACACCCGACCACCAUCUCCCAUUUCCCUCAGUAUCACGACCUGAUGCGAUGUUGGCAGCGCAAUUAGUCGGAGGAGGCCAGCGGUGGCGAUGACGGAUCUGUGAUGGGGAAAGGUCGCUCGUCGCCGUGGCACCAGCAAUUCCACGAUCGCAUAAUACCCGCAUGUUGAUGACCUCCAGGACUCUCCGGCCUCCUCCCUCUAGGUACCUCUCCAAACUCUAACCGUUUCUCAGGUUCGAUUGUUAGUGUAAAUUUCUUUCUAUACAUGUGAAAUUGGAAGUGCAUUAUGCUUAUGUAUGCAAUAAAAAAAUUAAAAGGCCCGUGGCAACGCACGGGCAUUGUACUAGUUAAUUUACAUGUGGUGCUCCUUUUUGUCUUCUCUUGGCAUGUCACUAAGGGAGAGUCAAUCAAUCUAAUUAGAUUGCGUCCCGAUUUUUGGAAAGAGGGGUUUGCGUCCGAAUUCUUUUCCUCCAGAGAGAUUUGAUGCAUUUGCUCAUGACACUCAUAAAGAGUAAAUUAAUUUAUAAGAUUGCAUCUAAUUUUAAGAAAGCGAGAAUUUCUUAUGGAUUAUUUCCCUUGGGAGAGAUUUACUACAUCUUGGCAUGGCACCGAGGGAGAGUCAAUCAAUUUAAUCAGAUUGUGUCCCAAUUUUUGGAAAGAGGAGAUUGCGUCCGGAUUCCUUCUCUCGGGAGAGAUUUGACGCAUUUUCUCAUGAGACUCAUAAAGAGCCAAUCAAUUUAAUAAGAUUGCAUCUGAUUUUAGAAAGAGAGGAUUGCUUCUGGGUUCUUUCCUUUAGAAGUAUAGAUUUGGUUUUUUAAUGGGAGAAAGAAAAAAAAUCCAGUGGGAGGGGUGGUGGUGGGAGGUGAUGCAAAAAUACAGACAAAAUAGAUGAUGGUGAGAGGUCAGGCGAAAAACACAGACGAAAUUAAACCGUGAAGGGGACGAUACCAAGUCCACCUUUAGGAGUAGAGAUUCUGCAUUGUACAAAAUUACAAAUCAUACCUAGCUAGCAGCUAGUAUGUGAUAAUAUGCUAGUUUGUCUCUUGAGUGUAUUUCAUAAUGAUAUAUACUCUCCCAAUUUGCCAUAGUAUACCCCUCCGAGUUAUUUGUAUAUCUCAACAUAUGCGGUAUAAAUUGCUUUUAAUAGGGACAUUUUGGUCAUUAAACAUUUUCUAGCCAACUAUAUUCAGUGGUAAAAAAAAAAGACCAACAGGUGUUGUGUGAAAUUGAGGAAGUACUGUUCCCGGCCUAUAUAUAAGAUGGAUCCAUCGAUUGGUUGAUCUCAGGUUUCAGUCAGAACACAAAAAUAAUAUAGAUUCAGCGACACUGGCAAUGACCUUGCAGUGGUGCUCCUUAUUUCUGCACUUAGUUUUUGUAGCAGAGCUGGCACUGGCCGUGGUUUCUGAUGCCGCGGUACAAAUCGAUCCCAAAGACAUUAAGAUGACCAUACAGAGCAAAAAUGGUGAAACAAUCGAUUGCGUUGACAUCUACAAGCAACCGAGCCUGAAUAACCCAUUGUUAAAGGACAUCAAACACGAGAUAAUGAGAGAUAUAGCCAGGGUCGUGGCAGAGCAACAAGACGAGGAGACGCAUGCGGCGGCCGUGGAGCAGGAAUGGCACAAAAGCACAAGGCAGUGCCCCAUAGGGAGUAUCCCCAUCCUAAGGGAGAACCCCUCCAUUCCUGACCGCACUGGUCUUUUGCCAACACCGCUCCAUGACAAUGACAAUGCUCCUCCGGGCCCCAGACCCAAGAUUGCUAUAGCGAUUGCUGCGAAUGGGCCGUACAGUGGAGCUUAUGUACUGCUGCCGGUGUGGAAGCCGGCACGCGUCCGCGACUUGGAAAGCAGCGCGACCUUUCUAGUCAUGGCUGGCACCGUGAAUCCUGAUUUCAACCCUUCACCCGGCGUGUUACCGCCGGACAUGACCAACCAGAUAGCCAUUGGCCUCUAUGCUCAUCCCGGAGGAGACCAUAAUCCUGAGUUAAGCAUAUACUAUACGCCCGAUGGCGGCAGGACCGUGUGCUUCAACUUGAACUGCGGAGGGUUCGUUCAAACAAAUAGAGCCAUCGUCCUCGGUGCUAGCCUCGUCAAUGGUGCAUCCGGUGUAAAUGAUCAUGUACCGUACGUGCUAGUCAGUAUACACAAGGACCCUGCUGGGCCUUGGCACGUGCUGGUGAACGACACGGAGCUGGGCUACUACCCUCGGCCCAUCUUCCCAUGGAUGUUCCCGGAGGCCGCAGCCAACUUGGUGGGUGGCUCUGUGUUCAACAGAUGGCCCGGCGGUAAGCACACCGACACCGUCAUGGGCAAUGGACGACGGCCCCACGGCGACGACAAGCCUGCUGUUGCUAAGGGUUAUGUGGCUGUCAACCUCGCCGGAAACCCUUUCAACGACAUUCCCGACAUCAUUGUCCACGCUGCGCCCAACUGCUAUGAUGUCGACAUACUCGGCCAAAACAACGACACUGUAGGCAUCAACGUUGCAUUCGGUGGAUCCGGUGGAGCCAACUGUGCUUAGCGACCCGCCUAGCUAAGCUAGCUAAAAGCGCUGUUUACCUGCAUGCCUGCACAAAAGCUUCCUAGCUAGUGGGCAGUGCGUUUAAGAAUUAGACGCACAAUUUAAGAGAUAAAACAUUUUGAAUAUAACAUAUGUAUGAAAAUGAAAAAAACUUUCGGCUAGGACAAGUGCGCAUAUGCAGCGCGUCAUUUGUCGUAACCCCACAAAGUGAAAGUGAUC